AAAUGAGAGAGAUUAGAAUUUUGGUCCUUGGAGAUGAAGGGGUUGGGAAGACCUCCAUCAUCUCGACUAUAAUGUCAGAGAGUUUUCCGAAGAACCCUCCAAAGAAAAUACCUCCAGUGUGCAUCCCUCCAGAUAUGUUUGUGCAAUAUAAAGAUAUCUCAACUAUCCUCCUCGAUUCUUCACAGGAUGUCUCCGAUAAUGAAAUUGAGAGAGCAAAUGUGAUCCUCUUGGUCUAUGACGUUGUUCUUCAGGAAACAAAAUCAAGACUAGAAAUGUAUUGGCUCCCUAAAAUUCAAGCUGUGAGCGAAGAAAUUCCAAUAAUAUUGGUUGGAAAUAAAGUUGAUAUGCGCCCAAGCCAUUUCGAUAUUGACCUCGAAGAUAUACUCACUCCUCUGAUCAUGAAAUUUAAGCAGUUGGAAAUGGGAAUCGAAUGUAGCGCAAAAGCUUACAUGAAACUAAUCGAUGUAGUUUUCUGUGCCCAAAGAGCAGUCCUCUUUCCAAUAGCUCCUUUACAAGAUCCUAUCACUAAAGAGCUAACCGAAAAGUUUGAAAAGGCCUUGCUUAGGAUCUUUAGGAUCUGAGACAAAGACUUUGAUGGGUACCUUGACGACUGGGAAAUAGGAGACCUUCAGACAAACGUAUUUAGCAGCGACCUCCUUCCUUGCCAUAUAGAUGGGCUCAAAGAAUUCCUCUACUUAAAGUGUAAAGAUGAGCAGUAUUCAAAAGAAGAUGUAGAGAAAGGACUUAACUUUGAAGCCUUUAAAAUGCUUCAGACAAUUUUCAUCAAAAAGAUGAAACUUCAAACCUCAUGGCUUAUCUUAGAGCAUUUCUGUUACAAUGAAAAACUCAGGAUUAGCGAAGAAUACCUUGUUGAUACAAAGACUCGUCUCAGAGAGGAAAAUGAGCAAUGGGAAGGUAUCGAGCUCUCUGAUAUUGCCAAGGAAUAUUUAACAAAACUUUAUGAUAAAUACGAGAACUCCAAGGGGUAUCUUAACCAUGAUGAUCUUGAAGACAUCUUCCAAACAACUAUUGAAGGGAUUCCAUGGGAAAUAGAAGAAAUUACAAACAUUUCAAAGAAUUAUCAUAUUGAUCUAAAAACAUGGAUAGGACUCUGGCAAAAAGCCUUCUCUGAAGAUUAUGCAUCUGCUUAUGAAUUGAUCGUUUACCUUGGAUUUUGUGAACCAUUUGACUCAACUGUUGAUAUAAAAAUAGAAAGGCAGGAUGCUCUGCUGUCUCAAUCUGGAAAGACUGUCUUCAACUGCUUUAUCAUCGGCAAAAAUUGAACUUCCAGAUCAUACGUCACUGAUACUGUAAUUAUGAACAAAAAGCCUGCUUACCUAGUCUUCACAGAGUUCGACUCGAAAUGCACAAUGGAGGAGCUAAUCAAAGACCAGAGGAAGCUCAAUUACUGUGAUGUAAUCUGCCUGAUUUAUGACGGAUCUGAGAAAUCAUUUAAAUUCAUCAGCGAAGUAAAAGAUUCUCUUCCCAAAGAAAUCGCAAAAGUUGUUAUCAAAAUCUCAGAAGGAGACAAUCUCUCAGGAAUGAUCCCAUCUGAAGAGAUCGCUAAUGAACUGAAGACAUCUCAGUUCCUGGAAGUCAGUCCCCAAGUGAGUGAAGAGAGAAAGGAGAUGGUGACUCAUCCUUCCUCUUUAGAUGUGAUCCUCUCUUCGAAGGAUGCCCUUGAAAUGAUAUCUUCCACAGCCUUGUGUCCUUCUAAAGGAGUUGAUGCCAAUCUUGUAGACCAGUUGAGGGAAGAAGUUGCUAGCAAGAACCAUCAAAAAUAUGCUCUUAUCUUUGGCUCAGUCACCAUUGCCUUAGGGUGCCUUUUCUACUUUGGCAAGAAACACUUAACUGAUUUAGUAAAGAGUUAA